AUGGAUAUAAAAGGAGAGGGUUGUCUACUGCAAAAUGACUCUCAUCAACAAAAGAAUUUUAUUGAAAGUCUGAGCCUUCUCAAGAGUGCAGUCAAUAAGAGAAGAAAGAAGGUAUGUGCGCUUUAGUGAUAUUUUGUGGUUAAGAAAGCGCUUUACUGGUACUAAAUACUAAUGAUAAAGACUGACGGAAGAAAUAUGCAGUGGUUUUUCUAUCCACACAUCUAAUAUUCUUUCUGGCGUCGGUUGAAACACUUUUUUUUCACCACCUGGAAUUUUUUUACAUUUGUAUUGAGAAACCCUCGAAAGUUCCUGCGUAACAUGACUAGCUUUGCUCAAGAAAAGAAAUCUCACCGGUGAAGCGGAAAAUGAUCUAUAAGCUUGUCAAUGUAAGGCGAGAGGACUCGAUUAGCAAGUAAAAGAGAGGUGUCUGGUUUCGAACGUAAAAUUAAUUCAAGUUGAUAGUUUAAACGUAAACAAGCGCAAGGAUCCGCGCGGCUUGCGCCUUGGCGAGUGCUACGCGAAUGUAGGACUCUUCCGAACAACUUUCUCUUUGGAAAUAACUACGCAGUCAUAGCAUGAAUGGCAACUUUCACAACUGUAGAAUGAUUCAGCGACAAGAGCGGCUUAGCGAAGCCAAAACGUGUCAUGACGUUUGAGGAUAACCUGUUUACACUGUGUGACGUGACUAUCAGGUGACAGUUGUUGUUCCUGGCGUGUUCUAUCCGUGACCGACAGAUUUAUUGGUUUGUGACACAAAGAGCGAUUAUCUGUUCUGCCACGACAAUAUCAUUGUUAAAUUCUGCCAGCUAACCGAUAUUUUACUCUGAUCAGACCUUUGACUCUGAGUUAGCAUGAAGGCCGGUGAAUGUUGUGCAUUAAUUCUUACCAAAAGAAUACCCUUCCAUUCAAUCUUGUUUCUAGAGCCUCGAUUCUACUGCAAAGAACCGCAAUAAAAUGAUACUUUUGAUAAGAAUUUUGGUUCUUAACGAGAGAAAAUGCUAUUAGUGGAAUUAAGAGUGCUCGGCAAGGACUUUGUUUUCGAGAGAGAUUUCGAAUGCAUCAUGUUCUGCAUGGAGAUACAAGAGUAUCAUUUAAAGCUUGAAACAAUUGGGUACUGAGAUUUUUCGAUAAUACAUUUCUGGCGUCUAUAACAUAACUAAGGAGCUCUUUAAGUAGAAUUAUCAUUUUUAAUAAGUCCCAAACAUCAGGUAAGCGCGGGAACUUAGUCCCGCGAAAUUUCUGCGCGAGGGUACGAGUGUAUUCUGCGGUAUCUGCGAAAUGGGGUUAUCGUUCUUUCUUUUAGGUAAGGACUUAACUGUGUAUUGUUUCGCGAGAAAGAAAUUCUACUCGCUGGCCUGACCAAUUUGACGCUACUGUAAUUUAAGGUUGUAUGCCUGAUGAUCUCUGUCUUGAGCUACAUGAUGACGCGCGAUAAAUCUCGCUGCUUGGUAACGUGAGCCGAAAUUGAUAAUGCCUAAACCAUUUUAUUAGCAAAGUAAGGUUUACCUUUGCUUAUGUGCCUUCGAAGCAAGAAAAAGAAUUUUUUUGUGGUAAUUUGAUGGCGGUUGCUUAAAAUCACACGGUGUAUCAUUCAACCGUUGGAACCUAACAUGAGCAAGAUGAACUAAUUAUGGAAAGAAUCCUGACAUCACAGCUUAUAUAUUCCUUCCCUGUAACAUGACGGGCUCUUGGUAGGUUAGUGUGUUUUCUAACUAAUUGUACUGCAUUAUUUCGCAGUCUCAAAGGCACAAUCCUUAAUAUGCUCUCGUUCUUUUGUUAUUGCUUACCCACUCUCUUGGGUACUUAGUCCUUAAUUAACUGUCUCAUCUUAGUAUACCUAUAUUUUUUUCUUCCGGUUUAGUUACCCGGUUCUUCUGGUUCUGUCUCUCUUAAGUGGUCAGUCCUAUUUGCACUGUUGUCAUCUGAAGGCAGAACAUUUCCUUUGUUUUUCCACUUGGUUCUGUCUCUCUAGAGUGGUGAGUUUCAUUUGGGCUGUUGUUAUCUGAAGGUACAACCUUUGGUUUUUUUUCUCCUGGCUCUGUCUCUCUUGAGUAGUCAGUCCUAUUUGGGCUGUAGUCAUCUGAAGGCAGAACAUAUCCUUUUUUCCACCUGGCUCUGUCUCUCUUGAGUAGUCAGUCCUAUUUGGGCUGUUGUUAUCUGAAGGCAGAACCUUUUUUUUCUGCUAGCUCUGUCUCUUGGGUAGUCAUUCCUAUUUGGACUGUUAUUAUCUGAAGGCAGAACCUUUACUUUUUUUCACCAGGCGCUGCUUCUCUUGGGUAGUCAGUCCUAUUUGGGCUGUUGUUAUCUGAAGGCAGAACCUUUCUUUUUACUUUCACCAGGCUCUGUCUCUCUCGGAUAAUUGGUCCUAUUUGGGCUGUUGUUAUCUAAGGGCAAAACCUUUCCUUUUUUUCAUCUGGUACUGUAUCAAUUGGGUAGUCAGUCUUAUUUGGGCUGUUUUUAUCUGAAGGCAGAACCUUUGUCUUUUUUUUUUUCCACCCAGCUCUGUUUCUCUUGGGUAGUCAGGUCUAUUUGGACUGUUGUUAUCUGAAAGUAGAGCCUUUCCUUUUUUUUUCUCCUGGCUCUGCCUCCCUCGGGUAGUCAGUCCUAUUUGGGAUGUUUUUAUCUGAAGGCAGAACCUUCCUGUAUUUUCUCUCCUGUUUCUGUCUCUCUUGUGUAGUCAGUCCUAUUUGGGCUGUUGUUAUCUGAAAGCAGAACUUUCCCUUUUUUUCUCCUGGCUCUGUCCUUUGGUAGUCAGUCCUAUUUGGACUGUUUUUAUCUAAAGGCAGAACCUUUCCUUUUUUUUUCUCCUGGCUCUGUCUCUUUUGGGUAGUCAGUGCUAAUUAGGCUAUUGUUAUCUGAAAGCAGAACUUUCCCUUUUUUUCUCCUGGUUCUGUCUUUUGGGUAGUCAGUCCUAUUUGGACUGUUUUUAUCUGAAGGCAGAACCUUUCCUUUUUUUUCUCCUGGCUCUGUCUCUCUUGGGUUGUCAGUCCUAUUUGGGCUGUUGUUAUCUGAGGGUAGAACCUAUCCCUUUUUUAUCAGCUUUUGUCUCUCUUGGGGAGAUGGUUCAUUCUAGACUGUGCGUUUUGUCUAAUGACAAACUAAUUUUGAGUAUGAAUCUCGACAUAAUGAAAUUUACUUGUCUUGAUUGUACAUUUUUUUUCCUUUACAGAUUUAAUGUAAUAUUAACCAUGAAAAACCGUGAUGCCACGUUUCUAUAAUAAAAAAUUAGUUCUCCUGUUGCAACAACCAACCAACUCGAACUGAAUCAACACCAUAUAGUAAGUGCACGUUCCGUUGACAGACUUUCAUGACUUUUUUUCUUGGCGGUGUCUGCCCUCAAAUCUCGUGGAUGUUUCAUUUAAAGAAUAAAUUACCUAUGAGUUAAAUAUACCUCUUCUCGUAACGUACUCCAUUGCAAUUAUAUUUCCAUCUCUACUCUCAACUAUGAUAACUUCCCUUGCUUAAAAAUCAACUUGAGAUACCAGAUGUAAAAUCGAUCAUAGAUUGUUAAAGAGCUUUGUGAGUAAAGAGCUUUUUCUUCUAGUUUUCGUUUGUUUUCUCGCAGCCUAAUACAUGUAGUUAGCUGUGUUCGCAGUGGAGUGUUAGGAAACCCCGGCGGGAAAAGACUUCUAAGAUUUUACUCCUUUAAUGAUCGCUUUAAAAUACAUUACUUCCCUAGUAUUUGCCAAUUAUUUGCUGCUGGCGAAGGGUGCAAAAAAACUCCCUUAUAUAUUUCUCUACAGGGAAAUAUUAUCGGGGAAAAAAACAAAGCUUGAGUUUUGCUGCGCUAUGUGAUCCAUGAGUGUUCUCAUCGUGGUUAGAGUUUGCUGUUUUUUAAGGUGUUGUCUUCCAGAGUGGACAUGCCGUCACCACAUUUUUGUUAGCGUUUAAAAGUCGAAAAAUACAUGGUUUUGGUGAAAAACUUCAUCCUUUUCAAAUCUUAACAACUGUCGAGUUUUAUGUACCAAUAGAAUAGGUCAGCAAAUUUUACGUCGGCGUCGAUCCCUUAUUAUCCUUUACAAAAAGGAAAUUUCGAUCAUUGAGUUAAACCGUAAAAUUUCUUUGGCUUACGUGAGUUGUUAGCUCCACGUUAGGGUUUAACCUUGAAAAAUGCAAGGGCACGUCUACCUAUCUGGAAAACAUUCGUAUUAUGACAAGAAAGGUCAGCUGCAAGGUUUUGGGUUACUCUCGCCAUGCAAUUUAGACGCCGAAAAGUGCUAAAAAAAUAAUUACCGAAAAUUCAUCCGUAAUACCUCGGUCGUAGUGUGGGCGCGAACUCAUAAAUGUUUUUGGUGGGCAAAGCUCGUCGUGAAGCACGAUAUAGUUUUGAAACUGAAAUGUUUCACGGUCCCACGGGUUGCUUAGCUUCUCUACACUUUAAUAAAUGAUUCAGUUGAGCAAUUGGUAUCGUUAUUUAGACCAUCAAUGAGAGAAAAAGACUCGAAUUAGAGUUUGCAUGUACUCCAGGAUUACGAAAGUCACUCUCAAAAAAAGUAACUAAGUUUGCAUUACAACGGAAUUAAAUGGCGGUGUUGUCUAGCUCCGCAGGAAAGUGUAUAUUGAUUUCUGCACGCAGCCAUUUCUUACAAAUAUCAGAAAUGACCCCUUAUCACUUUGUCAACAAUUUCCAAAUUAUGAACACCCAAAACUGACUUGUGAGAUGGAGAUUGAUCUCUUUAAUCUCUUCUUUCCCUAUUGGGAACAAGUUGAGUUUUUCUGUCUCAAGGCUGAACGCGUAUCCAUCAUGCAUCAGGUCCCGAAUGUUUAAAAAGCGGUUAGCGUUAUCCAGGAUUAAACUUUUAACUUGUUAUUAGUUGCCCUUGAAAUAAAGUUUGCAUUAGGGCCUAAGUUUGUGGGGUUUUACCUUAGUGUGACCCAAAAGUGAAGGGAAAAAAUCCAAUUAACAUUGUCUGCAAAGCUACAAAAACUAAACUACAAAUUGUUGGCUAACCCUCGGUUAGCUUAAUCGUACUAAGAACAAUCCGGCCCGGGUUAAUAAACUUUUCUCCUUACAUAGAGAAUUUUCUCUAAGAAAUCUCCCACCGAUAGAAAAAAAUUAAUCUCUCUAAAUGCUCUGAGACGUAAAAGCCCAAUCAGCAUCAUUCUUGUUCUGAUAAACUAAUACGUCUAUCUGUAUGUGUACUUGUAGUUUGUUUCAAGUCCAAGAUGUCAAGCUAUCCUCGAUGAGGUUAUCUUUUACGAGAUGCGGGAUUGGCAGGACAAGAGCAUGGCAAAGAAAUUUUUUCGAUGCCUUUGCCAGUUUUUCGUCGUCUUGCUUGUUACUCCUUUGUUUUACGUUUUCAUUCGACCACCCAUGAAGAUAUGGCGCAGUCUGAGUGAUAUCGAAUGCCUUGCGUACGUAGAGAAGUUAUAUGAGUAUCCCUGCAAUAAGUUUGCAAACCACACCAUGUUUUACAUUGUAUUCCUGUGCCUGCUUUUCGCCUCAACUUUCGGCUUUGAACACGAGUACAGAACAAGCACAACAGGGCUUUCAUCCAUUGGUAAGUUGUGUAGAUUGAUUCUUUACCACUUUGAGUGUAUUAGCUAAGAGCAACGGCUGAUUCAGCUGAUACCGUUUAAUUUCGUAAUGCAUAAUCCUGAAUUAGCUGGCUAAACUAACGGGAGAAGGGGGGGAGGGGUGGAGUAGAGGUGGGGCACUAACCUUCAACUACUCUUUGGGUUAAAAAUGUUGUCUAUUUCUUUAUUUCGUGAUGCAUAAUCCUGAAUUGGGUGGUUAAACUAACGGGAGGGGGGGAGUAGAGGGGGGGGGGUACUUACUUUCAACCACUCUUUGGGUGAAAAAUGUCUUUAUCAGUAGUAACCUCAAACUGCAAGGUUCUGAAAAGGUAAACUAGUGCGACAUUAAAGGAAUUUAAUCAACAUCUCGUUAGCGUGAAGCAUUCACAGUAUUAAAUAUUUCAAAAAAAAAUGAAACAUCGUCUCCAAUUCAUUUCGGCAGAGUCAUUUGCAGUACUGAUUUGUCCACAGAUCACGCUGUCCUUGUUUAUUUCAUCGGUUUCCUUCUACAAGAAAUUUGGGAAGUUUGUCAACAAGGAUUCUGCAUCUAUAUCUCGAAAUGGUGGAAUGUCGUGGACGCAAUUACACUUUUCACACUCCUGGCAGCUUAUACAGUAUGGCUCGUCACAUGGCUAAGCGUUUAUAAAGAAUGGCAACCGAGGAAGAAUGCCUUCAUUGUGGCAGAUGUCUUGUAUGCAAGCGCCACAGUGUUAGCGUUCUUUCACCUGGCUCACGCAUUUCAAGUCAGCUCAACUCUUGGCCCUUUGCAGCUUUCAUUGUACAGAAUGCUGAAAGAUGUGGCCAAGUUUCUUUUCAUUUUUCUGAUGCUUUUCAUUGCAUUUGCAACCGGCCUCAUAAAAAUUUAUUCAUACUAUGUGGUCUCUCAAGUGAAACUUCGUGAAGAGGGCGAGAGCAAAUUCCAGGACUUCCAUCCAUAUGCUGAGUAGGUGGAUACUAUUGCGAUAUUUAUAUAAGAGAGUGGGCGCCCAUAAGCAAACAUACAAUAUUUCAUCUAUAAUUUUAUAGAAAAAUAUUGCUAAAAGAAAUUUAAAGUGCUUUAAUUGAUUUGAUGAGUGGACGGACGAAGAAAGACUUAUGCCCAUGUAAUCGGACAGAUAGACAAACAUCACGGCCCAGUUGUUUAAAGGUCGGAUAACGCUAUCCAACGGAUAAAUUACUAUCCAGUGGAUAAGUAAUAGCAAAAUGUAUAGCGUCAACUACCGUAUAGAGUUUUAUCCAGUGCAUAGCGUUAUCCCCAUCUUCAAACAAUCGAGGCCAGACGUAUAGUUCACAUGACAUCAGCUGACCAGUGAAAAAGAUAUCUCAUAUUUUCAUCAUUCGAAACUUUUCAGGCACGAGAUCACUUUUAUUGGCUUGGUCUGGUUACUGGUUGGCUACGUGGAAGAAGACAAAAUAAGGGUUGAUGAUCCUGCCUUUUACCUUACACAACUGUUUGGUCGCUUGGGUUUCCUCAUCUACCUGGUUUGUACCGUUAUCGUUGCUUUGAACAUGCUGAUCGCCAUGAUGAAUAACUCCUGCGACAGAGUUAUGGUAGGUCUCAAAUUGUGGUUUGUGACAGAUUUUGACUUGAUAUAAUAGUUUCGAGAAUGAUGUUUGCUAGUUGGCUUUUUACUCAGUGACAUAAACCACGUUGAUUAGCACACUAUCAUCAUGAUUGAUCCGUAGCAUGACGACUCAUAUCAAUUCGAGGGAAUUCAGUCAACCUUCGCAGAAAUCACUAAAUUCCUCUUAUUACUGAGUAUACAUACCUAGUCAGUCGAUCACGGAUAAGCUUAAACUCUUUCCAAACCUUGGGGGAAAUUUAUGUGAGUUAUUACAUGUGAUAGAUUUUAACUUAGAAAAUGAACUUUGGUUUUUAGGGUGAUGAGGACAAAGAGUGGAAGUUUUCAAGGGCUCAAAUGUGGUUAGAAUAUAUCGACAAAGGAAAUGUAAUACCAGUACCUUUUAACCUUCUGUAUUAUAUCUUUUAUUUCUGCUUUUUCCUUAUAUACCUCGUUUACUGGAUGGUAAGGGGAGUCUGCAGAUGCAAUUGUAAUAAGAAGGUAAAU